AUGACUAAGAUAGAAGAGGUGGUUGAAAGAAUAGUCGAUCUUGAGACUUGCAAAGAUACCCUUGGUCUCAAAGACAUUCCAACGGGAAGCUCCUCAUGGAGACCUCCAUCCACUUCUCUUGUCAAGGGGAAUGUGUUCGGCAGGGAUGCUGACCAACAGGCACUAAUCAAGAUGCUCAAUGACAACAGUCAUCAUAGCUUGUCUGUCAUCUCUAUUGUUGGAUUUGAUCUGAAAGUAUGGAUUUGUGUUUCUGAAAAUUUUGAUGUUGUUGAGACUACUAAGAAUGUUAUAAAGGGGAUCUCUUCAGGUGUCUGUAGUCUUGACAGUUUUGAUUUACUUCAACAAGAUUUGAAGAUAAAACUGUCAGAAAAAAAGUUCUUCAUUGUUUUGGACGAUGUUUGGAGUGAAGAUGCUGACAAAUGGAAUAGUUUUAUCACCCCUUUUCAACAUGGGAGAAAGGGAAGCACUAUUCUUCUAACUACCCGCAUGGUAAAUGUUGGUCGAAUAGUCCAACAUUAUAACUCUUACACCCUCAAUCAACUGUCAGAUGAUUUUUGUUGGUCUAUUUUUGCGGACAAUGCAUCCUUUCCUGAAUCAAAUGGGAGCUCAGAACUGGAAGGAAUAGGCAGAAAGAUUGUCGAGAGGUGUGAUGGCUUGCCGUUAGCUGCAGAAACACUUGGACGCUUGUUGCGCUCAGAGCGUCGUGUUGAAGAAUGGAAUAAAAUACUAUCGAGUGACAUUUGGGAAUUUUCUGUGGCAAAUUGCAAGAUUGUUCCUGCAUUGUUAUUAAGUUACCAUCAUCUACCCACUCAUUUAAAAUGUUGCUUUGUUUAUUGUUCACUGUAUCCCAAAGAUUAUAAAUUUGAUAAAGAUGAAUUAAUAUUGCUGUGGAUGGCUGAAGAUCUUUUACAACCACCAAGGAGGGGACAGACUGUAGAACAAGUUGGUUGCGAGUGUUUUGAUGUGUUGGUUUCAAGACUAUUCUUCAAGCAAGUUGAGAAUAAUGAUGAGAAAUAUUUUGUGAUGCAUGAUCUCAUGCAUGACUUGGCAACUUUUCUUGCUGGAGAUCUUUAUUGUAGAUUCUCAGAACUUGGUGAAAUGGAAGAGAUGAGUAUUCUAACUCGCCAUUUGUCAUACGAUCAUUCAAUCUCUGAGAAAACAUGCUCCUCUAAUAAAAUAGAAUCUUUGAGGACAUUAUUGUAUAUCAAUCAUGGUCAUGGAGCUCGUUUCUGGAAAGCACACACAAUGUUACCAUGUGAUUUAUUGUCAAAGAAUAAAUACUUGAGAGUUUUAUCCUUUAGUAGACUCGAUAUAUUUCCUGAUCCAGUAGAUAAAUUGAUCCACCUGCGCUAUUUGGAUCUCUCUACAAAUGUUGUUCAGACAUUGCCGGAGUCAAUAUGCAAUUUGUGUAAUUUACAAACAUUAAAGUUAAAAGAUUGUUCAAGGCUGACUAUGCUGCCCAAUGGCAUGUAUAAGCUUGUGAAUUUGCGGCAUCUUGAUAUAAGAGGUACUCCUCUGAAAGAAAUGCCAAAAGGAAUGGGCAAAUUAAAACAGUUGCAAACUUUAAGCAAGUUUGUGGUGGGAAAGCAAGAAGACAAUAGAAUGGAAGAGUUAGGAGGGCUUUUAAAUCUUCAUGGAUCACUUGUGAUUCACAAAUUGCAAAAUGUGGUUGAUGCCAAUCAGGCAAGAAGUGCAAGGAUAAUAGAUAAGAAGCACAUUGACGAGUUAUAUUUGGAAUGGUCUUCAAAUGAUUAUAUGGUUUCAGAUGCACAAAAUGAAAGAGAUAUACUCCACAGCUUGCAACCACACACUAACUUGAAAGAGUUGAUAAUAUGGGGUUACAAGGGUACAAUGUUUCCAGAUUGGUUGGGGCAUUGUUCCUACAACAAUAUAACAAGUGUAUCUCUAUGCUAUUGUAAGAAUUGCUGCAUGUUGCCUUCACUUGGACAGCUGCCAUCCCUGAAGUCCCUCCACGUUGAAAGUUUUGAUGAGCUGAAGAGCAUUGGCAAGGAGUUUUACAAGAAUGAAGGCCAUCAACAUUCUUCGCCUAUUGCACCGUUUCCCUCACUGGAGUCAUUGGAAUUUGAUAAGAUGUCAUGUUGGGAGGAGUGGCACUUACCUGACUCAGAAGCCUUUCCUCAGCUUAAGAGCCUUCAAAUAAGAGAGUGUGGAAUGUUAAAGGGAGAUAUGGUUAAUCAGGUAUUAGUGAGAAUCGUUUCUUCCUCAUCGGAUGUUUCCAAAGUGCGCCAACUGAAAAUACAAGAACAGCGUCAAUCAUGGGGGAAUAAAGAGAUGACACUCGAUGGGGAUAGGUUAUCAAUGAGUGGAUUUGAAGGUGUGGUGGAGUGUGCAUUUAAGGCAAGGAUCAUCCACCAUCUAACUUACCUCCAAGAAAUACGCAUCUCAUGGUGUUCAUCUGUUGUAUCCUUGGGGGACAAUUGUUUACCCAAAUCUUUGCUAAAGCUCCAAAUGUAUAGGUGUAGCCAAAUUGAAUUACUCCAGAAACAACAGAAAUAUGAUUUGGUAGAUCUACAAAUACUUGAAAGUUGUGAUUCACUGACCUCAUUAUCGCUGGAUGCCUUUCCCAAUCUCAAGGUUAUCAGCAUAACCAGGUGUUCAAAUCUGGAAUCAGUUUCAAUGUCAGAGCCACCACACGCUACUCUUCAAAGUCUCACCAUCUAUGAAUGCCCUGAAUUUGUGUCAUUUGCAGGAGAAGGACUGGCUGCACCCAACUUGACUCAUCUCGGCGUCACAAAAUGCCACAGGUUGGAGGCAUUGCCACGUGACAUGAAUAGUCUUCUCCCAAAUUUACACUCUCUGGACAUACGAGGUUGCCCAAACAUUUGUAGGUUGCCAGAGGGUAGUUUGCCGCCUAACCUGAAAGAGCUCACUGUAGGAGAUUGCAAGCAACAACUGAGAAGUCUAACAUGGAUGGGCAACUUGGACAACCUCACUCAUCUCACCAUUUAUGGUGAUGGCAGUGAGAGCAGAAUAAAGUCAUACCCAGAGGUGGGUUUGCUGCCUCGCCUUCCCUCCCUUACCACUCUACAUAUCAAACAAUUUCAUGAACUGGAGACAUUGGACUGCAAUGAGCUUCUCCGCCUCACCUCCCUCCAACAACUACACAUUUCAUACUGUAACAAGCUGAAGAAUAUGGAAGGAGAAAAGCUGCCUCCCUCUCUCUUACUACUUCAAAUUGACAACUGUUAUUUGCUGCGCGAACAGUGCAUGAACAAGCAUCAACAAAUUUGGUCCAAAAUUUCCCAUAUCCCCAUCAUUAAACUCAAUCGCAGACAAAUUUUCUGA